AUGAGAAACACUCUGGUGUUGGCCCUUUUUAUCGGCUCAAUCUCGGCCACUCCAUUGAUAUUUCCCCGUGGAAAGCAUCGUCCCCCGUUUUUGCUUGGACGACCACCCGGUGGACAGUUGAGAUCAUCUUUCUAUCAUGCGACUGGCGGUCAGCACUCGCUUGUCGGUGAUGAUAAUCCCUAUCCAUGGGUGGAAACGCUGUAUUUCACCCAAAAACUCGAUCACUACAAUCAAACGAGCAGAGCCACUUGGCAACAGAAAUACUAUCACAAUCAAAAGUAUUACGAUGGGAAAGGUUUAAUCUUCUUGAUGAUCGGUGGUGAGGGUCCUGAGCCGAUUCGAUGGGCUGGCAAUCCGGAUUUUGGAGCACCGAUUCUUUGGAGACAGUUGGCCGAUCAAAAGUAUGGAGUACGAUGCCCUCAAACUGUGCACCACUCCAACAAGCCCCUCGCCGAUCUAGCCACUUUCAUCAUGGCUAUGAAUAAGAAAUAUGCUUUCAGCAAUCCAAGAUGGGUCACAUUUGGUGGAAGUUAUCCGGGAUCGUUGUCGGCUUUCUUCAGAGCAAAAUAUCCCGAUUUGACUGUUGGAGCGAUCGCCAGCUCAGCUCCAGUUAAUUUGAAAUUGGAUUUUUACGAAUACGCAAUGGUGGUUGAAGACGACGUGACGAUCACUGAUCCGACUUGUCCGGGAGAGAUUCGGAAAGCUUUUGAUGCAAUGCAGAAAUUGAGUCUUUCCGCAGCUGGACGUGAAACAUUGAACACAAUCUGGAACUUGCAACCCAAGUUCGACACCGAAACGACCAAGUUGGAUAUCACGAAUUUCCUGGCGAAUGUUUACUCACUUUUCCAGGGAAUGAUCCAGUACACAUAUGAUGGACAGUCUCAAAUGACUCAAACGAACAUCACAGCCAGGGCUUUAUGCAAUAUGAUGACCAAUCAAAGUGUCGCGGAUCCGAUUCAAAGAGCUUACAACGUUUGGUUAUGGUACCAGAGUUUCUAUGGAGAUCCAGACUCGGACAUCACGAUUUUCCCGAACAGUUACUGGGAUAUGAUUAGUUCGAUGAGUAUGAAGAACGUUAAUGAUAUGGACGAAAAUGGAGCUGAUCGUGGCUGGAUGUGGCUGUGUUGCAAUGAGAUCGGUUUCCUUCAGACAACCGAUCAAGGAAGGAACAUUUUCGGAGCAACUGUUCCGUUAAACUAUUUCCUCGACAUGUGCACGGAUCUUUUCGGCUCGGCGGUCACUUCGGAUUUUGUACGCGACAAAAACAUUGAUGCUGAAAAUUUCUAUCAAUUCGCUAGUGAGGCAACAAAUAUCGUACUCCCGAAUGGAUCACUCGAUCCAUGGCAUGCUCUUGGUACUUACACAGUCGAUGCGGCAAAUGGAGUGGCUCCAUACUUGAUCAAUGGCACGGCUCACUGCUCCGAUAUGUACCCAAUCUACGAUGGAGAACCACCAGCUCUUGUGGCUGCUCGUUUAUUCAUUGAGCAAAAUCUUGCCUAUUUCAUAAACAAUUCCACACAACCUACCAUACCGACCAUUGUUCCACCGAUCUCGUCCACCGUUUCCAUCUCGACGGCGAGUCUUGGAACAACUACGAGACCAACUACGGCAACUACAGUCAACACAGAAUCAACUACAACCACCACACCCAAUACUGGCCCUACAACGACGACUAUGACAACUACGACUACGACAAAUACUCCAUACACAGGAACCGGCUCAACAAGCACAAUAACGACAAUGGCCCCAGCCACUGCAGGCACUGGCCCAACAACCACUGCAGGCACUGGCCCAACAACCACUGCAGGCACUGGCCCAACAACCACAAAUACUGCAAAUCCGGGUGAUUCAUCAUCCCCGACGACCACGAAAUCGGUUACAAGUGUGAGAUUCUCAUUUACUUUGUUAUUGCUUUCGUUGAUUGCUUUGGUUUUG